AUAUAGUGAAUGCAGGGUCCGGGUAGACCAGAUAUGGUGAAUGCAGGGUCCGGGGAGAGCGGAUAUAGUGAAUGCAUGGUCCGGGGAGACCAGAUAUAGUAAAUGCGGGGUCCGGGGAGAGCGGAUAUAGUGAAUGCGGGGUCCGGGAAGUCCAGAUAUAGUAAAUGCAGGGUCCGGGGAGACCAGAUAUAGUGAAUGCAGGGUCCGGGGAGACCAGAUAUAGUGAAUGCGGGGGUCCGGGAAGAGCAGAUAUAGUGAAUGCGGGGUCCGGGGAGAGCGGAUAUAGUGAAUGCGGGGUCCGGGGAGAGCAGAUAUAGUGAAUGCAGGGUCCGGG